GUAAACAGGAAGUGACGGUUUUAGGCUCUCGUGAACCGGAAGUGAAUUUUAUUUUGGGUUCCACAGUGUAAUAAGCUGAUUACCGUAGAGAUGGCUGGAGACGCAGACGAUGAGAUACCGGAAACUGGAGCUGUAUUCACUUUCGGCAAGAGUAAAUUUGCAGACAAUGUUCCCAGCAAGUUCUGGUUGAAAAAUGACGUUCCUAUAAAGCUAGCCUGUGGAGAUGAACACACCUCACUAAUUACAGAGAACGGAAAACUCUUCAUGUUUGGCAGUAAUAACUGGGGACAGCUCGGCCUGGGCGAAAAGAUCAGCGUGAAUAAACCUACUUGUGUUAAAGCUUUGAAAUCCGAAAAAGUCAAGCUUGUUGCUUGCGGAAGAACUCACACUCUCGUUUACACGUCAUCCAGUAACCUAUACGCAGCAGGGGGGAAUAAUGAAGGCCAGCUCGGUCUUGGAGACUUUGUGGAUAGAACCUCAUUCCAGCUGGUGGAGUUCUUCACAAAACGAGGCCCAAUCAAGAUGCUCGCAGCGGGCUCCAACACGUCAGCUGCUAUUACACAGGACGGUAAGCUGUACGUCUGGGGUGAUAACUCCGAAGGGCAGAUUGGUUUGGGAAAGGAGGAAGGUACUUCCACUCCACGUGAACUUUAUGUGGGGAGACGGGUGACGUGGAUUUCCUGUGGUUACUACCACUCUGCUUUUGUUACAGAGGACGGGGCAUUAUUCACCUUUGGAGAGAGAGACGGUGGAAAGCUGGGUUUGAGCACCUCACAGGCGCCCAAUCACAGAGUGCCUCAGCAGGUGGAGGGCAUCUCUGACCCGGUGCUGCAGGUGGCAUGUGGGGGAGGCCACACACUCGCACUCACAGAGAAAAACCUCUAUUCUUUUGGCCUGGGACAGUUUGGUCAACUGGGUCAUGGCACCUUCACCUUUGAGUCCCGCUUACCAAAAGAGGUGGAACAUUUCCGGAAGGGAAGAGUAAAGCACAUAGCAUGUGGAGAAAAUCACAGCGCUGUUCUCACAGGAUGUGGCAGUAAACCAAGUGCUGGGAUUCAGGUUUUCGGGAGAUCAUUGGAGACACUAUGGUUUCUGUUGGCCUUUGGAACCUCUAUGAUGGGACCAAGGGCUGGCAGACAUCUUCAACAAUUCCAUCCUACUUUUUCUUGUCUUUGGGAGGGGAUUGGACACAUGGUGGGUCUGGGAAGACACUGGAAGGCUGAGUGCACAGAGACAGAGUGUGGACUUCUCUACACAUUCGGUGAUGGCCGUCAUGGGAAACUGGCCCUAGGAGAUGAGUACUUUGCCAAUCAAUUCAAACCAACACUAUGUCCACGAUUCCUCAAAAAUAACGUGCAGGCUGUUACUUGUGGCGGAUGUCACAUGGUAGUAUUGGCUAAACCUCGACUCAGAAGGUCAGAAGUUGUGAUCCUAGAGGAAAAUGAUGUGACUGAAGACCAUCUGGAGAAGCUGCUCCGGGAGGCGGAGUCUCGACACAGUCUGAACAGAAGUCUGUCAGCCCGAGACAGGCGCAGAGAGAGGGAGCGCUCUCCAGAGCAGUUUGGGAUGAUGUUCCGGACUCUUCCACCUCUUAGUUCAGGUCACCUUAAUGUGUCUCUACCUGCUUCUAGUCAGACGUUUCCUUCACAACUAAAGCAGAGAACCACAAAUGGUUUCCAGAGGAAUGGCCUUCUCAGCAGCACCGGCAAGGUCUCAGAAGAGCAUGAAGAAGAAGCGAAGACUCUUGUUGAAAACUACGAGGAUAAUGAAAGUGUGAAAAAUUUGGGAGAAACUGUGGAUUUAUUAAAUUUAACUCAUGUAAUGAAGAUGGAUCCAGCUGAGAAGACUAUUACUUUGUGUCCUGUGCAGAAGAUCUCCAACCGCAAGACCAUAGAGUUCAGUGACGAUGAGACAACAGGAGAGGAAGAGCAGACAGAAGAGGAGGACGAGGAAGAAGACGAGGAGGAGGAGGAGGAGGGGAACGAUGUGAAGGAGCAUUGUGAAAAUAAAGAAAACAAAGAGCUAGUGGAAAAAACUAAGCAGCAAGAGAGCAGUGUGAUCCCACCAACACCUCAGGAUGAUAUAGAAGAGGCGCCUGUACCUGAUGGACCAAACAAACAUUCUGAGGAAAAUGACACUUCUAGUCCACUUAUUAAGGAGAAGUUAAACCAAAAUGAGGCCAAACAGGACAAACCAAAGGGCUUAUUUGGAUCAAACAGCAAGAUCUCUCUUUUCAAGCGAAGGUCUUCCACCAAAAAGGAGAAAUCAGAAGCCCCAGUUGAGGAGAGCAGCCCUGCUGAGAAAGCUUCCAGCUCCGACAACGGAGAUACAGAACAUAACAGCAGGGUUAAAGCCUCUCACUCUCUGCCUCACCGAUCCCGCUCGGCCACCUGCAUUCUACUCUGAUCCCAUCCAAAACCAGCAGCUUCUAGACCUGCUUCUUUAGGAUGUUUCUCUGAGCCUAGUAUUAGAACAAAAAAGCCACAAAACCCAGAAGUGUUUGAGAACAUGGUCUAAGAACCAUGUUUUAUCUGGUAGACAGUAAAAGCUAAUCAUGACACAAUAUCUGGACAUCUGGAUUAAAAGAAACAGCCAUAAUGUGCCUUGUAUAUUAGACCUCGACACAAACGGUUACAAUUAUCUCACCAGAUAUGGGACAUUUUUCAAAGCACUAUGGAGGAACAUAAACAUUUUGGGAAUUCAUGACAGUUUUGUUGUGUGUUUUUUUUUUCUUGUCAGAUGAUUGCACUUUGUGAUAUUUUGUGCUUGAUUGUGGUGUUUGAUGUGUUGGAAAAAUACCUACAAAACAAUUAUAAAUUAAAAACUAGUACACAACUAUUUAUUUGUUAUUUAAAAGUAUUACUGCACCUUUUGCACUUUUGAUAUUUCACUGUCUUUGAUUUUUUUUCUUAUUCUUUCACAUAUUAUAAGAAAUGUAUGUAAAUAUAUGUAAGAAUUAAAAGGAAGUGAGUGAAUUUA